AUGCACGUUCGUAACGUGUUCCAACUUAGAGCGUUGUUGCCAUUCUCGAGUCACAGGAUUAAAUACGAGUUCAUAUCUAUUGGAACUGCGAUGGGAGUUGCCGCAGCAUUCCAAGCACCACUCGGUGGUAUUCUCUUUUCCCUCGAGGAAGCGUCUACGUAUUGGCGAGCCGAGACGACUUGGCGGGCGUUUUUCGGCUGCAUUAUCGCCAGUUUCACGGCUAAACAUUUGUCGGCUCUGGUGAACUGCUCUAACCCAUUCGACUGCUAUACAGUGCAUGCAUACUUGGAAGCUUCAGGAGCUGAUAGAACAUUCAGAGUGUGGGAGUUGUUUGUUUGUGCCCUUAUCGGUGUACUCUUUGGAUUAUUGGGAGCCCUCUUCUGUGCCGGAGUUAAACUUAUACAGUCAAGGCGGCGUGCCUGGUUCCACCUCUUCUCGAUGGGUCGCGACCGCAGAAGAGCCUGGCGAGUGAUAGAGGUCAUUGUCGUUAUACUCAUGACCAUUCUGCUCUCUUUUGGCCUCUCCUGGGCAUUCUUCUACGAAUGCAACCCUGUGGUACCUGACGCUAUCGUAACUGAUGACGACAUUGCAGGAGCUAUGUGUGACGAAGGACUCAGUGGCGGGAGCGUGAAUCCCCUCGCUGCUCUACUUGUAUCGUCUCGUGAUGAGGCUAUACGUUUGCUCUUUUCCCCAUAUAUGGGUGAUAGUGAGUAUACGCCUGGUGUGCUGAUACUUGCCGCUGUUGUUAUUUUCGUCCUCACAUCACUAACGUAUGGCCUUGCGAUCCCUAUGGGCCUCUUUAUCCCCAAUAUAAUGAUGGGUGCGUGUGUUGGUCGGCUGAUAGGUAUCUGGAUGCACCCCCUGGGAGGAUCAGUGGGCUCCUAUGCUGUUAUCGGUGCUGCUGGUAUGCUCGCUGGUUUCUCUAGAAUGACUAUAAGCCUGACUGCCAUCGUUGUUGAGAUCACUGGAGAUCUACAACAGCUCCCCUAUAUUAUGAUCACUGUCAUUGUGGCGAAGCAAGUAGCUGAUCUGUUCCUCAAAGGUGCUUAUGAUCUUGUACUGGAAGUUCGACAGGUUCCUUACUUAGAGGAGCUCGAUUCUUACCAUGAGUACGCAAUGAGGG